AUGGUUGUUCUGGGAGAUACCUCUGCUGCCCUCAUUAAUGCCUUUAAACUUGGCCAUUCCUUCGACAUGGCGGACCUCGUUUGUGUCCAACCUUAUCUAAAGUCCGAGUUUGAAGUGGACGAACAUUAUAGCCCGGCCGGCAACCCCAUUCCGGUCGUGCCCGCUGAGCAUCGCAUGCCGCUGUUGAACCGUAUGCUCAGGUCGCUCCAAGAGUUAGAAAAGGUCUACAGAAGGUUGGAUGAUGAGACCCUCACUUACUGGAGGCUGCGUGGUUAUGGUUCCUGGCAGAUUGCGUAUGAUACGGUGAGGGGGGAAGAGGUUGAAAAAUGGAUAAGGUCUUGGCAACGGAAUAAUGGUCGGGGAAACAAGUUGCGGAGAAAGAUAGUGAAGAUAUGGGAUUAUCUUAAGCAUGAGGGGAUACCGGAUCUUCGCAAACAGGAACCUUACGAGUGGGAACAGGCGGGUAUACCAAUCGGUACGGAAGGGGUGCAACUAUACUGGCUAGAUAAGGAGGAGAACGCGGAGGAAGGUUUCGCGGGAGGUGGGUAUACAGUGCUUCCUGAAAAUGAAAGGGAUGUGGGCGAGGUGAACACCGUUAGGAAAAGAUGUGUCCCCCGUGGGGAGCGUUCGGUGGUGGAGUAG